CCUUUUCGCGUUUGCGUGCCUUUUUCUGUGUUCUGCACUCUGACCCAGACAAACCUGCAGCCACCCAGAGCAAACGUAGGCGCCUGGCCGCACGAACACUCUGAGCAGGAGCGGUUUGUUUCGCUCAGCAGCUGAGAAGAAGCAGCAGCUGUUGCUGAGAGAGUGGAGUAGCGUAGAGCAGAGCAGAGCUGAACGUCAUCAUUCUGCAUUUUGCAUUCUUGGGGGUGGGGAGUAAGAGUGGGACAGUGAUGGUGGUUGGGAUCUAUAUUUAGCCUGCGUGACCCCCCUUGUACCGCUACAGCUGUCCCACCUAUUCGUCUGGCCAUGCUGUGUCAGGAAUAGAGGAGUCCAGUCAAUCUGUGAGGGACAUGAACUCGCUGGAUCUCGUUUCUCUCUCUCUCUCUCUCUCUCUCUCUCUCUCUCUCUCUCUCUCUCUCUCUCUCUAUACCGGUUUCUUUGAACUUGUAUUCUGAACCGGUUUGAGAACGGAAGGUAGGGGAUCCACACUGGCACUGAGGAACCAGCACAGAGGAGUCGAGAUUCAGUCUCUCUUUGUUCCUCCAGCGCUGUGCAGACGUUCUUACAUGGUCCGAGGUUGACGCUAUUCCAAUCCCAGAAUCAGUUGUGCUCCGUGUCUUAUCUCUUGGCUGUCCCAUAUCAGCUCUCCCUGCCAUUCCCCCCCUGCUCCUGCUUCGCCGGCUCAGCCCAUGAGCGAAACAUCACCACCAUGGCUUUCUCAUCGCGCUUUUCCUUCUGGGAGCAAAAGGUUAAAGAAGAGACCAAGGCAGUCCCGAAAAGUUCGGAUAGUAAUGGCAGUCUCCAGAGCCGCUCACAGUCAGUACCCAGCCUUGAUCCUGCUAAAGUCCUGCUGCGUACCAAGAGCCCACCGUCAGCUCAAGAACCGCCUGGGCAUGCCCCGUCCCAGCCCCGGGAACGAUUAAAGAGCCCUUCACCCACAAGGAACAGGUUUUCUAUCAUCAAGAACCCAGAACCUUCCAGCAUCCAGGAGCGCUUUAAAAGCCCUGAGCCUCGGCCAGAUUUACAGAGUCGUGAGCCUAUCACGAACGGAGAAAGCAAGACCAAAGCUUCAGUAGCUAGCAACACCAUAACCACAGGAAGUGCUCGCCAGCCGGAGAACGUUGUAAAGGUGGUGAAGCGAGUGGUGAAGAGGGUCGAACCUGUGCAUGAGGACAAUGCUGCUGCUUCUACGAUCGCACCUUUUAGUCAGACUUCCAACGAGCCUCCAAAAUCUUCCUCUGAGCCACCAAAAUCUAUGCCAGCGUCUGUGCCCAAGGUCACAAAGAUGCCCAUGUUUUCCUUCAAACAUGACUCCGUAAAGAAGGAGGAGAAAGAUGCCAUCUCCACAGGACUAUCCAGUCUGAUGAGCCGAGGCAGGAGCAGGGUUUUGCGACCUCGUCCCUGUAAGGAGGAAAAACAAGAGCACAAGAAGGAGGUGUUCAGUGAGGACAAAGAAAGCUCCCAAGCAACAGAGAAAAGUGUGCAGAAACCUGAAACCAGCGAGAGUAUGCAUCCAAAGCCAGAGGAAAACACGAUGCCAUUUUCUCCUCCUACCUCUCCUGCUACUUCCUCUUCAGUUAACUCUCCUGUCACCCCACCAGUUGGAUUUAUCCACGCUCCCAAGAGAGUACCUGUGCCAAAGCCUUCCACCAUGGUUCCUUCUGCUGGUUUUAUUCCCAAAGCUACUGAAGUCCUUAAAACCCCUACAGUUUCUCCACCACCAGCAUCCAUUCCAGAUCCUAAACCUGCAUCCGCUGUACCCAAGCCAGUGCCUGUAACUCCCGAAAUACCUCCAGUUCUUCCUCCUGUCAAAUCCACCAUUAUUUCAUGUCCCAGGUUCACCCCAACCCACAAACCACUGGCCACCAACAGCCUAAAGGUGAAGACAGUAUCACAUCUGUCCACAACCCAAACUGGGACCUCUUGCUCUGGCAUCAUAUCUAAAGUCUCCCGUCCGUCUAUGAUCCAAAAGGAGAGCCCUCCACCCAGUCCUACAGAAGCAGCUCAAAGGCGAUUGGAGCAGAUCUUCUUUACAUCUCUGGAGCCCGUCCAAACCAGUGCAUCCGUGUCCACAUCCACAUCCACUCAGGUCCAGGGCCAGGACGAGAAACCGGUCUCGUCUCUCAGUCUCGCCGCAGUGUGUUCUCGCGCGGUCUGCUUCAGUGGACAGGUGGAGGAGGAUGCUGUGGCUAUCCUGCAGGCGGCCCACGCUGCUGCCGCUCAGCCUAAGGUGAAGACCGAGGAGCAGAUCGCUGCAGAGCAGGCAUGGUAUGGCUCUGAGAAAGUGUGGCUGGUCCACAAGGAUGGCUUCUCUUUGGCCACUAUGCUGAAGACUGAGGCGGGCAGCCUGCCAGAGGGGAAGGUAAAGAUCAGACUGGAGCAUGACGGGACGGUACUGGACGUGGACGAGGAUGAUGUGGAGAAGGCGAACCCUCCAUCGUUUGAUCGCUCAGAGGACUUGGCGACUCUGCUCUACCUGAACGAGUCGAGCGUGAUGCACUGUCUGCGGCAGCGCUAUGGAGGAAACCUCAUCCAUACAUAUGCUGGGCCCAGCAUUGUGGUCAUCAACCCCAUCAGCGCUCCUUCCAUGUACUCUGAGAAGGUGAUGCACAUGUUUAAAGGCUGCAGGCGCGAAGACACCGCACCGCAUAUCUACGCCGUGGCUCAGUCGGCCUACCGGAACCUUCUGACUACGCGGCAGGACCAGUCCAUCGUUCUGCUUGGCAAAACUGGCAGUGGCAAGACCACCAACUGCCAGCACCUUGUGCAGUACCUGCUCUCCAUUGCUGGCAGCACCGGCAAGAUCUUUUCAGCAGAGAAAUGGCAGGCAGUCAACACUAUUCUGGAGGCGUUUGGGAACUGCGCUACCUCCAUGAAUUCAAAUGCAAGCCGCUUCUCCCAGAUUGUCUCUCUGGACUUUGAUCAAACUGGCCAGGUGGCCUCUGCCUCCAUCCAGACCAUGCUGCUGGAGAAACUGAGGGUGGCCAAGAGGCCGGGGGCUGAGUCUACUUAUAACAUCUUUUAUUAUAUGAUGGCUGGGGCAGACAACACUCUAAGGACCGAGCUACAUUUCAACCACUUUGCUGAGAACAACACCUUUGGAAUUAUGCCUCACUCGAAGUCUGAAGACAAGCAGAAGGCAGCACAGCAGUUCACUAAGCUGCAGGCAGCUAUGAAGGUCCUCGGUGUCACUGCUGAUGAGCAGAAAGCUCUUUGGCUCAUAUUGGGGGCCAUCUACCAUCUGGGAGCUGCUGGGGCAACAAAAGAGACUGAAGAAGCCGGCCGUAAGCAGUUUGCUCGUCAUGAGUGGGCCCAGAAGGCAGCUUACCUCCUGGGCUGCACCCUUGAAGAACUUUCCUCAUCGAUCUUCAAACACCAUCCGAAAGGAACCCUGCAGAGAUCCACUUCCUUCCGCCAGGGUCCGGAUGACAUCGGAGGGGGAGAAAGCCCAGGUACAAAGAUCACGGCUCAGGAGUGUCUCGAGGCCAUGGCUGCUGGACUCUACGGCGAACUCUUCACUCUCGUCAUCUCCCUCAUCAACCGAGCACUGAAGUCAAGCCAGCACUCGCUCUGCUCUCUUCUCAUCGUGGACACCCCGGGCUUUCAAAACCCCCGUCUGGCUAAGCGUGGUGCCACUUUUGAAGAGCUCUGCCAUAACUAUGCUCAGGAGCGUCUGCAGGCCUUGUUUCAAGAGCGCACCUUUGUACAGGAGCUGGAAAGAUACAAGGAGGAAAACAUAGAGCUUGCAUUAGAUGACAUAGAGCCCAGUACAUCCUUAUCUGUAGCAGCUAUAGACCAAGCCUCAACCCAAGCACUGGUGAGGACGCUGGCGAGGACUGAUGAGGCACGUGGAUUGCUGUGGCUGAUGGAGGAAGAGGCUCUGCAGCCCGGGGGCUCAGAGGCAAGUCUGCUCGAGCGCCUUUUCAGCUAUUACGGCCCCACAGAGGGAGAGGGCACAGGCCCUAAGCUGCUGCUAAAGAGUGAGAAACAGCAUCACUUCCUGCUGGGGCAUAGUCAUGGCACAGACUGGGUGGAAUAUGAUGUUCUGGGCUGGUUGUGUCACGCCAAGCAGAACCCAGCUUCCCAGAAUGCUGUCACUCUGCUGCAGGACUCACAGAAAAAGAACAUCAGUGGGCUGUUUAUGGGACGUUCAGGAGGUGCCACAGUGCUGUCGGGCUCCAUCGCCGGCCUUGAAGGAGGCUCUCAGCUGGCCCUGCGUCGGGCCACCAGCAUGAGGAAGACGUUCACCACCGGCAUGGCUGCCGUCAAAAAGAAAUCCCUGUGCAUCCAGAUCAAGCUGCAAGUGGACGCUCUUAUAGACACAGUGAGGCGUUCCAAGGUGCAUUUUAUACAUUGCCUGCUGCCCAAAGCGGAGGCCUUAAGCGGAGAGCUGCGUGUUCAUGGAGAAAGCUGUGACACAGGGCUCAUGCAACUGGACUUGGUGCUGCUCCGUGCUCAACUCAGAGGCUCCAAACUUCUUGAUGCUCUGCGAAUAUAUCGCCAAGGUUACCCCGAUCACAUGGUGUUCUCCGAGUUCCGCCGGCGCUUUGACGUACUAGCGCCCCACCUGACUAAAAAGCACGGACGCAACUAUAUUGUGACAGAUGAGAAAAGGGCUGUGGAGGAGCUACUGGAGUUCCUGGAGCUGGAGAAAAGCAGCUAUCACAUGGGUUUGAGCAGGGUGUUCUUCAGGGCAGGUGUUCUGGCUAAGCUGGAGGAACAGAGGGAUCUGCAGACCAGACGUAACAUCACUCUCUUCCAGGCCACAUGCAGAGGCUACCUCGCCCGGCAAGCCUUCAAGAAACGGAAGAUCCAAGACCUGGCUAUCCGCUGCAUCCAGAAGAAUAUCAAGAAGAAUCGUGGCGUAAAGGACUGGCCCUGGUGGAAGGUCUUCACCACCGUACGACCUCUCAUCCAAGUGCAGCUCAGCGAGGAGCAGAUCCGUGGCAAAGACGAAGAAAUUCAGCAGCUGAAGCUGAAGGUGGAGAAAGUGGAGAAGGAGAGAAACGAGCUGCGCCUCAACACUGACCGUUUAGAGAGCAGGAUCACAGAGCUGUCAUCAGAGCUUGCUGAUGAAAGGAACACGGGCGAGUCUGCCUCUCAGCUGCUAGAGUCCGAGACCUCUGAGAGACUACGGUUCGAGAAGGACAUGAAAGACCUUCAGGCCAAGUAUGACUCUAUGAAGAAGCAGAUGGAGUCUAUGGAGAUGGAGGUGAUGGAGACUCGGCUCAUACACGCCUCCGAGCUUAAUGGAGAGAUGGAUGAUGAUGACGCAGGGGGGGAGUGGAGACUAAAGUAUGAGCGUGCAGUCCGGGAGAUCGAGUUCACCAAGAAGAGGCUGCAGCAGGAGUUUGAUGACAAGCUGGAGGUGGAGCAGCAGAACAAAAGGCAGCUUGAAAGACGGCUGACAGACAUGCAGGCAGACAAUGAGGAGGUGCAAAGGGUGAUGCAGCAGCUGAAGAAGAAGUGCCAGAAGCUGACAGCUGAACUCCAGGACACAAAACUCCACCUGGAGGGCCAGCAAAGUCGCAACCAUGAGCUGGAGAAGAAACAGAGGAAGUUUGACUCAGAGCAGACUCAGUCCCAGGAGGAGGUGCAGAAAGAGAGAAGUCAGCGUGAGAAGCUGAGCAGGGAGAAAGAUGUACUGACUGGAGAAGUGUUCAGUGUCCGACAGCAACUGGAGGACAAAGAUCUGGAAAUGUGCGCUCUCAACCUGAAGCUGGAGCAGAUGGAGGCCGAGCUGCAGGAUCUGAACUCUCAGGAGUCCAAGGACGAGGCCUCGCUAGCAAAGGUCAAAAAGCAGCUCCGUGACUUGGAGGCAAAAGUCAAAGAUCAGGAAGAGGAACUUGAUGAGCAAGCAGGCACUAUUCAAAUGUUGGAGCAGGCCAAGCUACGUCUGGAGAUGGAGAUGGAGAGGCUGAGACAUACACACUCUAAAGAGAUUGAGAGCAAAGACGAUGAGGUGGAGGAGAUCAGACAGUCAUGUAGUAAGAAGCUGAAGCAAAUGGAGGUUCAGUUAGAGGAGGAGUAUGAAGAUAAACAGAAGGUCCUUAGGGAAAGGAGAGAACUGGAGGCCAAGCUUUUGGCAGCUCAAGACCAGGUGAGCCACAGAGAUGUAGAGACAGAAAAGCGCCUAAGGAAAGACCUGAAGCGCACCAAAGCCCUUUUGGCUGAUGCCCAAAUCAUGCUGGACCACCUAAAGAACAAUGCACCCAGCAAAAGGGAGAUUGCUCAGUUGAAAAACCAGCUGGAAGAGUCAGAGUUCACCUGUGCUGCUGCAGUCAAAGCCCGCAAGGCCAUGGAGGUGGAAAUUGAGGACCUUCAUGUUCAGAUGGAUGAUAUCUCCAAAGCAAAGCAGACUUUGGAGGAACAACUGAGCCGUGUGCAGCGAGAGAAGAACGACCUGCAGUCACGCAUGGAGGAAGACCAGGAGGACAUGAAUGAGCUCAUGAAGAAACACAAAGCGGCUGUUGCCCAGUCCUCUCAGAGCCUGGCGCAGGUCAGCGAGCUCCAGUCUCAGCUAGAGGAAGCCAUGAAGGAGAAACAGGAAGUCCAGGAAAAGCUUACAGCAUUACAGAGUCAGUUGGAGUUUCAGGAACAGUCCAUGGUGGAAAAAUCUCUGGUCAGCAGGCAGGAAGCCAAGAUCCGUGAGAUAGAAACCAAACUCGAGUUUGAGAAGACACAGGUGAAACGUCUGGAGAGUCUUGUGUCGAGGCUGAAGGAAAACCUGGAAAAACUGACAGAGGAACGUGACCACCGUAGCACCAGUGAGAACCGCGAGAAAGAGCAAAACAAACGACUUCAGCGCCAAAUCCGUGACCUCAAGGAGGAGAUGGGCGAACUGGCCAAGAAGGAGGCUGAAGCCAGCCGGAAAAAGCACGAGUUGGAAAUGGACAUUGAGAGUUUGGAGGCUGGAAAUCAGAGUCUUCAGGCAGAUCUCAAGCUGGCCUUCAAAAGGAUCGGUGACCUGCAGGCUGCCAUCGAAGAUGAGAUGGAGAGCGAUGACAACGAGGAUCUUAUCAACAGUUUACAAGACAUGGUGACUAAGUAUCAGAAACGAAAGAACAGAACUGAAGGUGACUCAGAUUCCUGCUCUGAAGUGGACGACCGAGUUGAUGGUGUGAAGUCCUGGCUCUCCAAAAGCAAAGGCUCAGCCAAGAAUCUGUCAGAUGACGGCAACCUGAAGAGCUCAAGAUAUGCUGCAAACAGUGAUGCCAAAGAAGGAAAGGAAUGGCAAGAGAGUGGCAAAGAAGGUAAAGGUUUAGACCAGAGUAGGCCCGUGUCCGUGAUGAGUUCACUCAGUUAUAGGAAGCGCUCCAACCUAAAGGAUUCCCUUGGUGGCAAAGGAGAUGAGGGCUCACUCUUCAGCGCCCUCAAGGAGCAGGAUGGCGCUCUGGAGCUCUCAUCCUUCCGCAAAAGCAAAGCCAAGCAGCCCGAUUCCAGGGACUCGUACUCUGUGAACUCCUGGAGGAAGGAUGAUCUGGAUGACAGGGGCUCAGUUAUCUCACAGGCUUACUCAGAGGCAGCCAGCAGAGCCCGGAAGAGCAUGGACAGCCGCUGGUCAGAGAUAGACAACAAAUCAGUUGUGUCGUCCGUGGGCCCAAGCCGAGCCUCUUGGUUGGAUGAUGAUGAUGAUGAUGUCAAAUCCAGUGUGAGUACCGCAAGCAUGCUGAGUCGUCACCGCAGCAUGUCUCGGCUUGAUGAGCGCCAGAGUGAGCGUGGCUCAGCAGUCAGUCCAUCCCUGAGCUGUAGAAGUCCAGGAAGUGUGAGCCAGAGAAGCCCAGGCAGCGUGAGCCGCGCUGAUUCCCGUAUGUCCGUAGCUCGCAGCUGCCGCCUAAGCGAGUUUGAUAUGGAGGAUGAUUCCAUGAGCGUGGCUUACAGUGAGCUAAACUCCAAGUCCUACAGCUCGCACCACUCAUCCAGCGGCCGCAGCAUCUCCAUGCCCCCACGAGCAAGAACCACAGACUCUGAUCUGCCAGAUGCCUCUGACCUCAAACCCGUCAGCCACCGCAACUACCUUGACCCAGAUCUGGAGGCAGCCAUCAACGAGGUGCUGAGUUUCAAGCCAGUUAAAUUCAAGCGGAGCAGCCUGGAAGACUCUGAAGCUGAGACCGGCAAGCAGAGCAAUUGUAGGAACGAGGAUGAAGAUGAGGUGAAGAGUGUGAGGUCUGGCAGGGACAGCAGCCGCAGCUCUGCGAGCCUGAGGCGGUCUGCUUCAGCCGCGGAUGUCCAUCGCUCCAGCAGCAGCCUGAGCACCCGCAGCAGGAAGAAGAGCAAGAGCAGAAAAAAGAGAAGCCACAGCUCUGAUUCAUCGGAAAAUGAGCGUAGGAGAAGGAGGUCUAAGAAGAAGGGCAAAAAAAAGAAGUCAAAGAAGGAGUCAUCCUCAUCGUCCUCUUCCUCCUCUUCUGAAUCUCAGACUAGCUCAGAGUCCGAUUCCAGUUCAGGAACCUCCACGAUCUCGUACAAAAGUGCUAACAGCAUAAAGAGGGCUCCUGGUAGGCAGGCAUCAGCUUCUGAAGAUGAGAGAGAGCCUGGAGGCUCUUCUGAAGCAGCUCCACCAAUCAGCAAGAAACAGGAGAAGAAAAGGAAGAAGAAUGUGGAUAGUGUGAUGAUGAAGUAUCUGUACAGGGCAGACAGUGACUGAUGAUGCCACCCCCCCUCUGGCCAAAGACGCUACUGCCUCAACAGAUCUGACGAAGAAGAGGAGGAGGAGGAGAAGUAAGAAAGGCGCACAGGCCGGAACUCCUACCGCUGCUGAUACACCUGAAGCAGCUACCUGAAUGGGGCAAGCAGGGGAUGUUUCACAAACAUGCAAACCCACAAACUCUUUAACACACACUCUUUCUCACAUCUUGCCACUCAGUAUCGACUUCCUUUUUGGAGUUCCUAAAGCAAAUGAAAGGAUCUUUAGGAGAAGUAUUCUGGAGCACCGUCAUCCAUCUCAUUACUGCACUGCACUGCGCACACACACAUACACACCUCUCACUUUUUAUAACAUUCGGUGAUGUCACUUCUACUGUCGUGCAUUGUGUCAUGGAUACUUAUGCCAUCAAGUAUGAAAGAUGCACAAUACUGGAAGUUUUUGGUUUCAAUUCCGAUGGACCUCUUGUCUUGUCCCCCCCCCAAGUGCUUUCCCAGAGUGCACUGCAGCAUUCUUGCUAGUUUUUCGCCCUGCCAAGUGAUGAUGCCAGCUGCUGAGGGAAAGCAGUCAGGGAUUAGUUUGCUAGUGUUAAGUGGGGAGAUUAGUCCUGUUUGCACUUGAUUCAAAAUAGGAAAAUGUUUUACCAAAAAAGCUUUUGUUGCAGGUGUGUACAUAGAUUUCAGUAGAAGCAGUAGAAGUUCAGUAGAAGCAGUAGAAGUUUUUUUUGUCUGUUUGUUUCAUAACUAGUGUGUUAGUUGAGGAAGUAGUGUCAUCAGUUAAAGCUCAACUUCCUGCAGACAUGAGCAUACUCUCUCUCGCACACACACACACUCUUUCCUGGUCCUGAGACCCUGAGCUGUCUUUUUUCUGCAAUCUCACAGUGCAGUGAAUUAAUUUUUACGUGCUGAAGAAGGCUGCAGCCCCUUUCUCUCUCUCACUGGGAUUUACUGUGGUUUGGGAUGUCACACAUCAUCCACUCAACUGUCAUCUUCAUUUUCCUCUAUUACUUUUAUGCUUAUUUUGCUUCUCGCUCUUCGCAUCCAUUCUGUUUGUAUUUUUUUCCAAAGAGAAUGUACUUGAUCCUCGAUUUGCUGCAGUUUGGCAAUUAGCUUUGCUUUUUUCUCCUUGUGUUGUCACAGUGGUCAAAUACUGGAAGAUGCAUCUCUUCAACAGCUGUGAAUGGCUUUUAUAUUAAUCGUAUACAGUUCAACAACACACAAGGCAUGAGAACAGAACUGAUGCUGUGAAUCCAUCUUUUUUUUUUCUUGUUUUCGUCCUUCGUUGCUUGCUUUACUGUCUUCCUUUCUUUUUCUGUUGCUCCUUAAGUAUGUUUCCAAGUGGGAUUCUGCAGUAUUUUCAGCUUUACUUUAAAUCUUUACUUUUUAUUUUACGUAGAGCUGCACAAUAUAUUAUUUUGCAUUCAUGAUAGUAUUUAUGGACUAGCAUUAAGGAAUUGAGCAGAAUCGCUAAAUGCACACCGUUUUACAAAAAAACAGAGAUUUCUCUGACUCUCUGCUUUUUAUUGUAUUUUUCGAAGGGAGCCGGCAUUUCUUUUACAUGGUUUUUAUGAACUCUCAAAGGGUCAGUGAUUUCAUCCUCGUUUCUACCCAUUAUUAAUUUUAUUACAAAGAGUGUGUGUUUUACCAUGUUCCUGGCUCAAUACAAACACAAGGCCAAAACAUACAUAAAACUGCUGGCUGUACACAUUAAUAUGAAUAUAUGUUUGUAUGAUUCAUCCUAGCUUUUAAAACAACUCAUGUUAAUUCUUCUUAUUAAAUACAAUGACCACUUGUUAUAAGUAAUACUUUUUCCAUUAUGGUUUAAUAUAUUGUAAAUAAAUGAUGGUGAUUGUUA